AUGGCCCCAGCAUCGCCCGGCGUGCGCCCACUCGCCGUCGCCCCUCUCCCUCCCCGCACCGCCUCGCUCGUCCGCUCGGCCGUCGUCGUCCCCUCGAUCCCGAGCAUCCUCGCAGAGCUCGUCCAGAACAGCCUCGACGCGCACGCCCGCACCAUUCACUGCGCCGUCGACCUCGACACCUGGACCCUCCGCUGCGACGACUCGGGCCACGGCAUCCCCCCACUCGACCUCCGACAGCUCGCCGCACCCUCGACCGCGAGCAGGAACCUCACGAGCAAGCACUCGGGCGACGCACACGCUCCCCCGACCACGUACGGCUUUCGCGGCGAAGCCCUCGCCUCGAUCCGCGACCUCGCAACCCUCGACAUCCAUACUCGCCCUCUCGCUCGCGGCCUCGACGACGGCGCACACGGCGCGACCUGGCACCUCGUCGUCCGCGGCGAGCACUGCCUCGUGUUCGAGCGGGCCCAGGUCGAGCGCACCGGUCCCGGGACCACCGUCACCGUCCGCGACAUCUUCCACAAGAUCCCUGUCCGGCGGCGUCCGCUCGCCAAGCCCGCCGCACAAGCCUCCCUCCUCAGCUCCCUGCGCUCGACCCUCGCCUCGCUAGCCCUCCUCCACCCCCACGUCGCCUUCUCGCUCACCGACACGACCACGUCGCUCUCGUCUCUCUCGAGCGAGCCACGGACGCUCGUCACCGUCGCCCGCAGCACCGAGGGCGUCGUCGGCAGGUGGCGCCAGCUGUGGGGGCGCGCAGGCGUCGAGAAGGUGUGGAACUUUGACGAGGUGGAGGAGCUCCGCGAGGAGCGCGAGGGCACUCUGCGGGUCAAGGGCUUCUUCUCGCUCAGUGCGGCGCACAGCAAGGCCGGCCAACACGUCUUCGUCAACUCUCGCCCUCUCGCCGCCGCUACAUCGACGCUCCACAAACACGUCAACGCCCUGUUCGCCACCUCGUUGUUCGCCCGCUUCGCCGUCUCGCAUCUCGCCACGCCCUCUUCAGCUUCGCCCGCACGAGCCGCGACGACGGGCAAGAGCCCGCGACGGCCAGUCGAGCGGCACCCGACGUUCGUCAUCGCGCUCGAGGUGCCUGGCAGGGUUGUCGACGUCAGCCUCGAGCCGGAGAAGAGGGUCGUCGAGUUCGAGGAUCCAUCUCGCGUUGAGCGGUUCGUCGAGCGGCUCGUCAAGCGCUUCCUCGCCGCCCACGGCUUCCUGCAUGUCGCACCGGUCCUCCCUCCCGCUCCCGCCGUCGACACCUCGCUUGCGCCGUCCAUGCUCGCUCCACGGCCGCCCGUCAAGCGCCCGCAUGUCGUCACGCUCGCUGCGUUACCGCCCGAGGACGACGUCGAGCUCGCCGCUCGGACCGCCAAGCGGCCCUCGCGGCGCUCGCCGCCCGCAGCGCCCGUCGGGCACCCGUCUCUCGGCGACGCGUCGGCGGUGGCAGGCGAGCUCGCCGAUGCGGGCGUCGCGCAGCGGUGGAUCGACCCGAGGACGGGCGAGGCGUGGUGCGUCGACCCGAGGACGGGCAACAGCUGGCGGGCGGGAGCGGCAGAGGGCGAGGCCGGCGAGGCGUGCGACGGGUGUGGAGGAGUGCGGGGCAUGAGGGAGGGCAAGGUGGAUCGGUCGGCGCUCAAGCGGAGGAGGGACGAGCACGGCGAGCACGAGGAGGAGGUGCCGCAGUGGCUCAGGGACCGGCUCGAGAGCUGGAAGAACCCCGUCUUUCCGUCCGUCGCCGUCACUCGCCCCAUUCCUGCCCUCCCGCUCGCCGACAGCACCCUCUCUACCUCCUUCCGCUCGACCAAGCGCUCCGCCUCCUUCGACGACCUCUCGAACAAGCCCACACGCUCGUCCCACACGACCGCGGAUGCCUUCUUUCGCACGACCCGACCGCCGGCCGGCCUCGAGCUGCCGGCGCUCGCACCUCUCGGCACGCCGUCGUCGAGCGCCGCGCCGCUCGUCUCGAGGGAGCAGCUCGCACGCGUCGAGUGCGUCGCCCAGGUCGACUGCAAGUACCUCCUCGUGCGGGUCCCGCCGCCCGCUUCCUCGUCGACCUCGCCCUCGUCGGGCGAGCCCGCCUCCUCGAGCGCCGACGCCGGCCCGGCGACGCUCGUCCUCAUCGACCAGCACGCCGCCUCGGAGCGCGUGCGCGUCGAGCGCCUGUACGACGCCGUCGUCGGGGCCGUCGCGCGCGGCGAGCGCCCGCAGACGACGCCGGCCCGGCUCGGGCUCGUCGUCUCGGCGAGCGAAUACGGCGCGUUGCGGGACCGGUGGCGCGGCGAGUUUAAACGGUGGGGGAUCGAGGUCGAGCUCAGCGCGGGGAGGGGCGCAGCUCGCGGUGACGGUGGCGAGGGCGAGGGCGAGGGCGAGUACCGCCAGGUCGAGCUGACGGCCGUCCCGACGGCCGUCGCGCUGCGGCUCCUGUCGCCUCGCGAGCCGCACCUCGCGCAAGAACUCGUGCGCGCGUUCGUCGCGCAGCUCGACGAGGACGGCCCUGCGCCCUCGGCGGCGACGGCGGCGCCCAGUACCGGCGGCGUCGGCGGCGGCGAGGGAGGGGGCUCGUGGGUCGCCAUGCUGCGUCACGCGCCGCGUGUGCUCAAGGACCUGCUCGACUCGAAGGCGUGUCGCGGCGCCGUCAUGUUCAACGACGCCCUCACGCCGGCCCAGUCGUCGGCGCUCCUCGCACAGCUCGCCGAGACGCUCUUUCCCGUGCAGUGCGCCCACGCGAGGCCGAGCAUGGUGCCCGUCGUGCGGUUGUCGGCGCGAGCCGCGAAAGAGGCUCGAGCGCGCGACGAGGAGGUCGACUGGAGCCGAUUCGCCUGA